AGCUCUUGCUGGGUCGUAAAAGACGGUAAACCUCCGGUCUCUCUCCAGUCUCACACCGACUCCAAUCUGUGUUUCUAUUACGGCGGCGGUAGUGCUUCGCUCUUUAGCAAGUUUCCCACGACGCUAGAUAGCUCAGGGGCAUUCAUCACAAUGUACCCGGAAAAGGAGAUUAUUGCCCAUCAACUGGAACAAUCGCGCGCCGACUCCCCGCCCAACAACAAAGACGGCGGCGACCUCUCGGACGGUGGCAGCGGGGUGCCCGACUCGGAGCUCGAGUGGACCGAGGCCGAGGAGACGGCGGUGCGGCGCAAGAUCGACUGGCACCUGGUGCCCAUCGUGACCCUCCUGUACAUGCUGUGCUUCCUGGACCGCAUCAACAUCGGCAAUGCCCGCAUCCAGGGGCUCGGCGUCGACCUCCAGCUCAACACGGGCGUGCGUUUCAACUGGGCUCUCUCCAUCUUCUACAUUGUCUACCUGCUGGUCGAGGUGCCCAGCAAUGUCAUCCUCAAGCGCGUCGGCGGCAAGUUCUACCUGCCCUUUCUGGUGUGCGGGUUUGGACUCGUCUCGCUCUGCACCGCGUUUGUGACGUCCUUUGAGGGUCUAAUGGUCGCCCGCGUGUUUCUGGGCAUCUUUGAGGGCGGCGCCAUGCCGGGCAUGGCAUUUUUCCUGUCUUGCUUCUACAAGCGCAACGAGCUGCUCUUCCGCAUGGGCAUUUAUGUCUCGGCCGCGUCUAUCGCGGGCGCCUUCGGCGGUCUGCUGGCGACGGGCCUGUCGCGGAUCCCCGCCUGGGGUGUGGCGAGCAUGCGCAUCGACCGCUGGCGCAACAUCUUCUUCUUUGAGGGCGUCAUCACGGUAAUUGUUGGUUUGGUCGCCCCCAUCUGGAUGCCCACCACCCCGAGCGGCGCCUACUUCCUCAGCCAGCGCGAGCGCCGCAUCGCCGCCGAGCGCCUCAUCCGCGAGAGCAAGGCCGACCCCCACACGGCCGUCACCUGGAAGGAUUUGAAGCAGGCCGUGUUUUGCAUCCACAACUACACCUGCGCCCUGGGGUUCUUCCUCAUCAACAUCACCGUCCAGGGCCUGUCGGUCUUCAUGCCCACCAUUCUGACCGACCUCGGCUGGACAGACACCAAGGCGCAGCUGAUGUCUGUCCCGCCGUAUGUCGCGGCGUGUCUGGUGGCCAUCGCGAUCGCCUACGGCAGUGACAAGACGCAGCAGCGCGGUAUUUGGCUGGCCGCCUUCUCGUGUCUGGCCGUUGUUGGUUUUGCAAUCCUACGGUGGGUGGAGACGCCAAACAUUCGUUACAUGGCGCUGUACUUUGUGACGGUGGGUGCCUUCCCGGGAGGGCCGGGGUUCCUCAGCUGGGCCAUGAACAACUCCGCCGGGCCCGCAGUCCGCGCCGUAACCUCGGGCUACGUCGUAACCCUCGGCACCAUCGGCGGAAUCGUAGCCACAUGGACCUACGUACAAGCCGACUCGCCCCGGUACUACACGGGCCACAGCAUCAACCUGGGCGGCCAGAUCGCCGUCGUCUGCCUGUCGCUUUUUGGCAUCCUCUACUGCGCCCGCGAGAACAGGGUCCGCGCCGCCGGCAAGCGGGACCACCGCCUCGAGGGCCUGACCGAGCAGGAGCAGGAGCAGCUGGGGAAUAGGCAUCCGUCGUAUCGCUACUGGACUUGAGCCAGUCUCGUUCAUAUCCGCUGUGAGAAAGAUGGGUCUUGGGAGGUCACGUUUCUGGGGAUUUACGGGGCAGGGUUGUUGCAUGUGUUGGGAUGGGUUGGCUACCUGACCUACAUGAGCUGGGGUUUUACGUUGCUUCCGGGGAUAGGUUGGGCCUAGCGAAUUGGCAGGGAGAUCUUCAACUAUCAUUUUUCUUCUUCCCAACGUUGCCUGACUGUAGUGGCUGCCGUGACGGGGCUUGUCCUUGGGAGUUGCACCGCUUAUUGGCAGACGAGGCUGCCACGGUGCCACACAUUAUCCGGCUCUACAAUCAAAACGUGGCUGACAGGAUCGGAGCGAGGAGUCAACCGUGUAGUCCAAUUCACACUCAAAUCAAAUGAGGCAGGG